GAAAGAUACGGGAGGGCCACUUCCCCCAAACCAACGGCCAACCAUGGAACCACAGCUUUCCACCAACCUUGAGCUCAUUGAUAAAGCACCCCCGUGAGACGAGCUAGCGCUAGCCAGAGAGGCAAGACUAAUAUUGGCAACAGACAGUGCUACCAGUAUUCCAAUGCAAUCAAAAUGGCAGGGUUUCUGAAGAAAGCCCAGAUUGGCGCCAAGCUGAAGGGUAGCCUGACUGCUACCAAGGAAUCUUUCCAUGCUGCCAAGAACAAGGCUGAUGUCCUGAUUGCGGCGGCAGCGGUGGAUCUUCAUGAAAACAUCGAGUCGACGAUGGAACGGUUCGAAGUCAAUUACGACAAAUAUCUGGAUAAGCCAGUCACAUUGACCGCCAAAGUCUGGAAGCGAAGAGGGGGAAUUGCCAGGUACAAGCAUCGUCAGGGUGGCAAUGCCUGGGAACUCCGCCGUAUGGAACUCCGAGGGACUGCCUUGCUCUAUUACAAUGCCCUGGACGAAGAAGAAAUUAUCUUUGGAGGUAGUUCGCGAGACCUUCGGGCCAGUGAAGCCAAUUUGAGCACUCCCCCCAAGUCCAAGCUGACUGCAUCGGCUGUGUGGUCCCCCGACAGCAAGGAAUCUCCCAUGAAUGCUAGCACUACCAGUAUGGAUGAGAGUAGCCGAGAUGUUAAAUUGCCACGGGGUUUGUUGGAUCUGGCAGAGGAAAAGGCGACAGUCCAUGCCUCGAUGGGACAUCAGACAGGAGCCCCUAGUCCAUUCUGUUUGUCCAUCAUGACCGGUUUGGUCAAACAGGAAACCAAAUGGAAAUUGGCAUUCGACGAUCAGGCUUCUCUCAUGCUGUGGUUGGCCGCCUUGACUGAUAUUGUCGUUCAAACAUCCUUGGAUGACUACAACGUGCAGCUCUUGAAAGCUGCCAAUCCAAACAAUCCCGAUCCACCACCCAUAUUCUUAAGACCACCGCCAGUCUUCGAACCACCCACCGACGGCGAUCCAGAGACGAAAGAGACGCUAAAGGCCAGUGGGUCGACUCAACACUCUUUCUGGUUUACGGGAGACUACAGCAUCUCCAGCAAAGACAAACAAAUACAAAGCAACGACCAAUCAGACAAUAAGACCCCCAGCACUCCGGAAAAAGAUCAAGCCAGCAGUGGCAACCCGCCGUCCAUCGCAUCCGAGAAGCUACCAUCCAUGCUGGAUCAUACCCGAGCGUUGCAAGAUUUAGAAAAGCAGCAUCAGCAAGAACGCCAACAACGGGAAGAUAAGCACCAGCGAGAAUUGCAGGCCGCCCGUGCAAAGAUUGAAGAGUUGACCCAAACCAACAAUGCCAAGGCGGAAGCCAAUGCGGCCACUCAAGCCCAACUCCGAGACCAGAAUGUCUUGCAGGCAAAAAAGGCAAUCGAAUUGGAAAAGACCAAAACGGAUUUGGCAGAGUUGCAAGAACGCAUGGACAUCAAGGUGGAAAAACUGCAGGAACAGAUCCAGUCGAUGAAGGCCAAGCACCAGCGGGACCUGACCGAGCAAGGAGCAAACCAAAAGUCGCCCAACAAGGGUGCUGACAAUCAGAGCCAACAACGAAAACUGGACGAAAAGGAGCAAGAGAUUAACAACCUCACGAGUCAAUUGGAGGAACUGGAGAAUGCUCACAAUCAAAAAGUCAAGCAGCUCCAAGAGAAUCUGUCGACGACCGAACAAAGCAAGGUCAUGGCCAUCAAGUUGGUCGAAGAUCAGUGGCAAAAGAAACUCGACAAGGAAAAGCAGCAAGCUCAGAGACGAUUGGAAGCUGCUCUGGAGGAGGCAGCCGCCAAAGACAACGGAGCCGAGGAUGAGAGUAGUAAGGGAUUGGCGGAGAAGGAGGAACAAAUUGCCACCCUUUCAAGUGAGCUCGAAUCGAUGCGCGCCGCAACGACGGAACAAAUAAAAUCCUUGCAAGAUCAAUUAUCCCAAGCGACGGCAAAGCACGAGAGCACCCAGGGUGAGUCUCAAAAAGUGAUUGCAGAGCUCCAACAGAAAUUGCAACUUCAGACGGAGAAAAUUGCAAAUUUGGAAAAAUCAGUUCCUUCCAAACUCGAUGACAGCCACAACGAUUUCGAAGAGUGCGACGAGUUUGAAGAUGCCAUCGGGGAAUAG